UUUCCUUUUUUUUUCACAUCAAGGCUAAUAUACAGGCCGGCGCUGCAAUUUCGGAAUCUGCCCUUGUAUAUGGCGGACGAAAUUUCCUACAGGAGGAACCGCAACAGAAUCCUCCGCCACCCCUCCUCCUCCUUCUCUCCUCCGCCGCCUCGCCUGUGCAAAAAGGGCAGAAAAACGGGGGGAGCCUGCACGGACCUGGAGUUAAAAAACCUUUCGGCAAAUUCAUGAUUCAUUACGCCAUUACUCUUUCUAAAAUGUAACGUAGCGUGUCGCGGCGAAGAGGGGGAGAGAGAGAGAGACAGAGAGAGGAAGAGAGAGAGAAGAGAGAGGCGGCCGGUGGUGGAAAUUUUAACAUUUGGAAUUUCUCAUAACUAAUUCACAAUUUUUUUUUUAUUAUUUUUUUGGGGGGGCGGGAGGGGGGGAGAGGAAGCAGUUGUGCAGUCACCUCUGGUCGGGGAGGGAAGAUUUUCGUGGAGCGAGGAAGCCUGUUUUCGCAUGAGCUGCAUCGUUUUUGGAGAAGCACAGGCUCAGAGGAGGUGGAGUCAUGAGUGCGCAAGAGGCACCCAAUCCUGGGAAGGAGCAGGCGGACGGUGGGAAUGCAGCCACAGAUGGCCCCUCACCAUCCGCAGCCCAAAAAUCAAAGAGUUCUACUCCACCACCUGUCACAAUAAAGAAAGAGCCGGGGACCUUGGAGACGAGUAAUGGGAAAGUGGGCGAUGCCAACCCUGCUGAGAUCUGUGUUGUCAUUGGAGGAAAUGAAGGAGGAACAACCGGUGCCGGAUCCCGUAGAUCUCAGUCCGAGGGUAUGUUUGCCCUUGGUACUCCUCCUCCAACGAAGAGCACAGACUCAUGCAUAGGUUCCUAUGUAUGUGGUGUGUGUGGGAAGAAGUACAAGUACUAUAACUGCUUUCAAACGCACGUCAGGGCACACAGAGAAUCAGAGAGCAUGGUUGGAGACGGUCUACCCCCUACACCUAACACCUUGUCUCUUCUCUUCUGUAGCCGUCUUCCCAUAGGUAGCUUCCGUUACUCCUGUGACAUCUGUGGCAAGAAGUAUAAAUACUACAGCUGCUUCCAGGAGCACCGUGACCUGCAUGCAGUUGAUGAUCCGUAUGAACAGGUAGUGUUACCUGUGGAUGGCCUUAAAGAGGAGGAGCCAGUUGAACCCUACCAGAAAAUUGGACCAAGGGAAAAAGCACUCGCCCACCUCCGCAGAGACCGCGGGUUCAACCGACGGCAGCGGGUGUCCCUUCAAACACAAUGGGCAGUGUUCGCAGAAACUGGGAGCUAUGUUUGCGAGUUCUGUGGGAAGCAGUACAAGUAUUUCAACCCCUACCAGGAGCAUGUAGCUCUUCACACACCAAUGGCCUCCUUUGAUUUGAAGGCAUCACGGGUACAGGAAUGUGGUAGCAUGGAUAUGACCAAAUAUGGCCAUAGCACAAGUGGUAAGAUGAAAAACAGUCCAUUCAGGCGGAAACUGGAAAGUGCAAUUCAGUCUAGUCUGGUUGACACAAACAGCUCGCAAAAUUCAAGCGGAACUGCGAGCCCUCUGGUGGCCACCUCAUUCUCUACAACCCAGAAACCCUACACUUGUGGUGCCUGUGGCAUCCAGUUCCAGUUCUACAACAACCUGCUGGAGCACAUGCAGUCCCACGCUGCGGACAACGAGAACCACACCAAAGGGGACUCUCCCAAAACCUCCUCAGCCUCCGGUCCUCAAGAGCAGCUUUGGAGAGGUUCUCAGGCUCAGGCUCAAGCUCAGGCCCAGGUCCAGGCCCAGGCCCAGGCCCAGGCUCUUUCCUCAGUUAAACUACAAAUCCAGCCUCAAAAUAUCUCCCAGAGAAACCACACUCUCAGCCAGAGUAACGGACUACCUGAGAAGGAGCGACAGCAGGUGGCUGAGCGCCUCUUACGGGUAAUGUGUUCAGAUCUGAGCAUGCUAAAUGUGCUGAACAGCAAGGACUUCCUGAAGUUGGCACAGACCCUAGUGGAUACCGGUGCUCGUCACGGUGCCUACUCCACCCGCGAUGCUUUUGGCAACAUGAGUGCCUUGGCAAUGCGCCAGCUGCCCCGCAUGUACAACCAAGUCAAAGUCAAAGUCACGUGCGCGCUGGGCUCCAAUGCUUCACUUGGCAUCGCCGUCACCUGCCACUCCCAGACAGCAGGCCCAGAUGCUUGCUAUGUUCUAACAGCCUACCAGGUGGAGGGCUCGAGACUGAAGCGCUAUGUUCUUGGUGUGAGGGAGGUGGAGCUGAGGGAAGGGCCUGAGCAGAUUCACCACUGGGUGCAGAAUGUGCUGUCUGAGUUUGUGAUGUCAGACAUCCGCACCGUGUAUGUCUCGGAGCCCAGAGUUUGGGCAGCAGGAUUUUCAGGAUCGCCACUUGGUGGUGGCGGCGGCCGGGGCAGGAUAUGCUUGCGAUGCGCAGGGUGCUCACUCGGUGCAGUUGUCCAGGCAGUUCUUGGGAAGCGCAGCCUCCAAGCUCGAGGUCUUCACGAGUUGGCCGAGCUUCUCUCAACAUGCAGGGAAAUUGCCUCCUCCUCCACACUGGCACUUCGUGAGGACCAGUGCACCAACACGUCCGCAAGCACAACCGAAGAAGGUACACAGGGCAGCGCUGCACAAUGCCCCACCCCUCCAUGCUGGGAUCGCAUGGCUGAAUCUCUUCUGCAGGUCCAUGCCCACUUUGAACAGAUUUGUGAGGCAUAUGGACGCAGCAAGUCCACGGCUCCAGUCCUCCAGGGUCUCAACAAGCAUCUUCUGGGGACGCUGGCUUGUCUGCUGGCACCUCUACGCCUGGCAGCGCUGGAGCUGAGCAGCCAGAGGAGACCAACCUUACAGCAGGUGCUGCCUGUCUACCUGCGCUUAGAGAAGUUCUUCACGUCCAAAGCUGGAGAGGCUGGAACCGGCACGGCUAGCAAACUCUGCCACUACUUCCUAGAAGCGCUAAAGGAGAACUUCAAGGUUGAACGAGCCCACCAGGUAGCCAUGGUCCUGGACCCACAGCUCAAGCUACGUUCAGUGCCAGCCUACCAGCAUGAAGACAUAAUCUCUCGUGCAUGCGAAAUGGCUGCUGACUCCAGGGAUGGAGGUAUGACUGGUGGCGGAGUUUCAGGUAGUGACGACCGGGACACCGACGGCCCACCAACCCCUAAAAUAAGCCGCAUAGAGGGAGGGGGAAACAACGGCGGUACCUCAAGGGGGACCAGCUUGGUGUCAGGUAAUGACGACAGUCAGAGCCAAGUCAGACAAGAGAUUUUUCAAUACUUGGCUGAGCCUCUUCUCCAAGGCACACCUGACCUCUUCCAGUACUGGAGCUCAGCAGUGAGUGAUAAGUUUCCCAAGCUUGCUCGCCUGGCACUGUGGCUGCUCGCUGUGCCAGCUGUGGGCAUACGCAGCGAGUGUGUGACUGUGUGCGAGCAGAGCCUGGCCAUGAAGCGGAAGCAGCAGGUCACCGCCGAGGAGAUGAACAAACUAAUUUUCCUUCGCGCCAACAUGGGCUAGAAGAGAAUCCUAAUCAACCCUAACCAACCAAACCUUCACCUCCAACCAAUGACUUAAGACUAUUAUUUAUAUACUGUAGGUUUAGACCAACUGUAAACUUAAAUGUGUAUGGACAUUAAAUACUUCUCAAGACAAAUAUUUACAGGAAACUCACAUUGUACAGGUUGCAAACACCCAUAAAACAAUAAGGCUUAUUACAUAUUUUAUACAGAGAAAAGGACUGUUGUUAAGUACUGUGGACAAAAUGUAGGGGUGGAACGGUAACUCUCAAAAGAUUGUCCUGUUUGGUACGCCACCCUCGGUAUGGGCUGCACACUUAAGCAGGACGAGUCUCAGUCGCAUCAUGGCCAGUGAUUUGAAUUAAUCCAGCCUAAUGACUAAACUGCUCAAAGGCUACAAUGCUGUUAUUCUCACUGGACGGCAACAUUUUCAGGUAAAGUUAGCUUUCACUGCUUGAAACUACUGUCAUAGAUCUCUGAAAAGAAUCCUACUAGAUUGUCAAAGAUGUCCGAGACAAAUAUUUAAUUACACUUUAUUGUUAUUAUACAGGAAACAGAUUAAAAGAAAACAGGCGGCUGUUGAGGCAGAUAGUAGCAUGUACAGUAUGUCGGAAGUUGAUCAUUUCCAUUGGUGUGUGACAAGAAAUUCAAGUGGUGAAUCCUCACUGCCAUUGCACCUCUGACAAUUAAGUAUGGUAGGUUUAUGAUUUGCUUUCCUGCAUCACUGAAAUUUCAUAUUUUGCAGCAUAAUCAUCCACAGGAGACCGUCGGGUUAACUGAGCGUAAAAUCAUUGCAGCAAAAUCGACGGCUGCUUCAGUGGCCUAAAAAAAAAUGUAGCUGUGAAUCAUUUGCUUGCACUGGGCUGCAUGCAUAUUUCAUUUAAAAGGGUGAAAAACAGCUGAUAAAACAUUAAUGAGGAUAUGAUGCUCUCCUUUUUGUUUAUGUUAAAAUUGAUGGAGGAAAAAAAAAAGGUCAUCCAAUGGUUUGUCUUUCCAGAUUUAACUCGAUGGUCUUGAUGUUAGAAAAUGCAAAUCAAAUGGUUAGAUUUGCACAAAGGGGCCAGUAUCAUGAGGUUAAUUUGAAAAACAAAAUCGAGCUGUCGGUUGAGCUUUGUUAACACAAUCUGUUUCUCCUUCCACAUACAAAGAGGACAGCAUCAUAUCUAGUAUCUUCGAUUUCUUUCAGCCUCACUAUACCGCAGCUGGAUUGCACCGCCAGGAAAUUAAAUAACGUGUUGGAUAAAUACAUCCUGCAUUAUCCUUUUAAUACCUGGUAGUACAACCCAACUUGUAGGUCAGUAACUACACAAUAAUGAAAUCUCAAGGCCAUUUUGUCUGCUAGUUUUCCAGUGCUGGUAUUACAGGAACGUCGCAUCAGUCAGCUCUGUGAAAAGAGACACCUACAGUCGGCUAUAAGUUGCCCUCAGAUAAGCAGUAGUAAUGUUAUUAGCCAUCAGUUUGGUAAGCUCAUAGGCAAGGAUUUAAUUCAUAUUGCAUAAAUCCUUGUGUGGUUGCCCACUAAGAGUGUGUGCGUGUGUGUAUGUGUGUAUUAUUAUUAUUUUUUUUUACAGCUUAUUUAGUAAAGAAUCAUUCAUAGGAAAGUUUAUUAUUCUUUUAUUUAUUUUUCUUUCCUCAUUUAUCAUUCCAGUAUAACCAUUGUCUUCCUCACGUAAGCUACAAAAUUUUUCCAUUUUCAAGGCAAUAAGCUUUAUCUUAGGGCAUAGUUUCAAACUGUCUGCUACAAAAAAAGGACUGUUCCCAUGACGCUUCUACACUUAAUUAUUGAUAAUAAAUUAUUUUCUGUUUUUGUGAAAUCAACGGGAUUUUCUCAGGAAUGAGUGCACCCGCGCAGGCACCGCCACUUUUUUCUCCUCACUGUACCGAGAAAAAAAAAAAAACACCCACACACCAAACUGUGACCUCAAUGCCGAGGUAUGUGCUGAACCGUGACUUUUGUGAAACGUUCCACCCCGAGCACAGUUAGUGCCAUUUGCAACAAACGAAGAAAAAAAAAAAAAAACGAGAAAAAAAAUGGAUCACUGAGGGUUUAUUUUUUUCAGGAUGAAGCGAAUUCUGCCAGUACAUUCACUAAAGUCGACGCAUACAUGCAUACUAAUGAAGUCAAGUUAUUUAUUUUUUUAUGAAUUCUACUAUACAUUUACUUAAGCUGAUACCUCCUCAAAUGACUUGGAUGAAUGGAAGUUAUACUGUAAAAUUUGUUUGUUGCCUUUGGUACUAAUUAGUCAAGUACUAGUUUGUCAUCUCUGUUUUUGGGCCUUAAGUCUUUCAUGCGACCACCUUAAACCCUUCAGUAAGAACCAACAUCAUGCCUUUCUUUGCUGUUCAAUGGCCUUCUUUUCACCAUCUUUUUCUAAUGCUUUUCUUUUUCUUUUCUCACUCAAGUAGACUCAAAGGGACUUAUGGCUGAUGGUCGCAAACGCUGUCCUCUAGUGGACUGUUUGAAUAUCAUGGAAAACUGUGUUAUUUGACAAGUAGCUUUAUUCCAAAGUUCCCACUUUAUCUUUUUGUUUGUUUGUUUGUUUGAACACACAUGCUUUUUGGAAUCACUUCUUGUUUUCUACAACAAGUCAGGAAUAAUUUGAACAAUAACACACCCAAGCACAAGUUCCACUGUAUAAACUUAUACUGAACAAGAACUCAGCAGAAGAUUACAAACCACAUUAGCAGGGUCAUACCAGAGCAGGUAUAUGUACUUAUACUCAUAACGUGGUAUGAGACUUUCAUUUGUAUUUCUUUUACAAUAAUAUUUGUGGUGCAGUUUAAAUAUAUAUUGUCUUUUGAUCCUCAAUGGUGCAGUACAACACUCCACAUGAAAAAAAAACAACAAAAAAAAAACAGGGAAUGUCUCUACCUGCUUGGCCAGAAUUAUCGGUUUUGAUUUUUUUUGCCAGACGCUGCAUCAUCUUCGUAUUCAAAUAUUAAACACCAAUAGUUUAUAUUGAUAAUCCCAUUAUCAACAGUCUAACAAAACAUUUCUAUCUCUCUUUUAGCCAUGUUUUCUAGCUUUAACCCCCCCAGUACAACUGAAGGUACGGUCACAUUAGACUUCUGCCCCGACCCGCAUUCACUCCACCUCUGAUUAAUCUCUACCGAAGCCUGUGUGUUUCAGCGUGAUUUUCAUGGGUCAGAGUUCACCCUUUUGUUCGACUUUGACCUCACAGACUUGCCUGGAUAGGAACACUGAUAGAACUGUACUUGGAAAUGUAGAUUUCACUGUUGUAGCCCUGUGGCAAUUUAGUUUAAAGGUGCAGUUUGUAAAGAUCGGCCUACCUUGUCAAAUGUUGCUCCUAGCAUAUCACCAGAGUAACCAGCUGCUGCUCACUACACUCGCUGCUGUUAGCUUAGCAGUAUGGAUGGGUCGUGAUUAUGGAAUAUUCAAAUAGACAUUUGAUUAGUAAUAAUCCUAAUAGUUCAUUUAGCUCUGACUUUGACUGAAAAAACCUUUUCCAUUGUAUUUCCGUUGUCUUUACUUGUAUAACACUGUACUACCAGGUAUUGUGUUGUUUAUAGGCCUUAUAGCAUUGUAUUAUUACCAGGCUCUGGUAAAGAGUGUGUAGCACUACUGUCAGUAUAUAUGCUACAUUACAUACAAAUGGUCAAACAUCUAAUAAUGGAAUAAUUGCCAAAUAGUUCGGUCACAUUUUUGCCUGAAAUAACCGUCCCAACUCGUUUGCUCUAUAAUCUGUGCAGCUUGUGUACAGUUGUAUGUUCUGCUGCACAAGAAAGAAUAGGUUUAGAAAGGAAGCAUCAUUUUUAUGCCUAUUGCAAGUUUAUUUAUUAGACUGAAAAAAGCUGAGAGAGCUUGUGAGCAGAGCAGAUUUGCCGCACACAUCUCCCAGCUGAAACUACAUUGGGCUAUGCUAUCAGACCAUAGCCUUUUCAGGUGGUGAUGGGGCUGUAGACGUCUCUGCAGCACAAUACAUAAUAAACAUAGAUAUUUCUUCAAAAUCUGUUGACAUUGUAAGUUUCAUUUUAUGAAUCCGACAAUAAUGUUGGCCGUACCUUUACACGCUGCACUUUUAACAUGAUGCUAAUGUGACCGUAUCUUUUCUUGCAAGGACACCGGAAGUAAGAAGACGUAAACUGCACGUGCAAACUUAAUAGGGCAUCUCAGUGAAUGGUCUCAAGUGUCAUGGUCUCACCAGGAUGAGAAUCUUUUAGUCUACCUGAACGCAGUUGAGUCAACUUUUUUACUUUUCAACACGUCAGUCGUCUCCGUCAGUUAAAAGUGAAUGGCUCUGCAUUGCAAACUGUAUAACGUGUUGUAACAGACUCCUUACCUCCAGUAAUAGCUUGGACUUUUUUUCAUACGUGCUUCUCUUUCCGAAAACAGUAACUUAACACCAGGCUGAAAAGCACAGCUGCUGCCCUUCUCAGACCGCUGGGUGUGGUGCAACAGAGCGGUGUGCUUUGUUGCACCUGUAACCACACCCACCAGUGAUGUCACGGGGUCUUUGAAUACACCUGUAAGACAUGCAGCCAGGUGGAAGCCUGCAAUUUUCAGAGGGUGUUAAGUUAUAAAGUAGUAGGUUCUUUUGUUUGUUUGUGAAAGGAUUUCUCUUUCGGUUUUAUUUUGUUAUCCAAUUGUUUUACUAGUUUGUCUGUUUUCCCUCUGUAAGACUUGGGGGAGAUUGACUUGAUUCAGUGUAACCAAGACAAACAAUAUUUUUAUUUUAUUUUAUUUUAUUUUUUGCAUUGUGAUGAUUUGCAUUCCUGAAAUCAAUAUGUAUACUGCUGUUUCAGACUGAUUUAUGUCAACACAUUUAUAUUUUGGUAACCAGAAAAAAAGAAAAUUGCUGUAAAAUAUAUUUUAAAUUUUAAUUUUCUAAGCACCAAUCUAAUGUUUUACCUCAGUACUCAGAAGGUAAUGUUGUAAUUUAAAACAAAAAAAAGAAAUAAAUUGGAUAUGAGCUGAGCAUACAGACAGUCAGCUUUUGAUCAAGAUAUAGUCAAAUUACUGUACAUUGGUUUGUGGUUUUAGAAGCGAUCCCCGACUGAAACUGAUGAAGGGAUUUUUUUCUUACAGUUUUUAAAUAAGUAUUUUAACUAGAAUACGCUCUGGGACAAAAAUGCCAUCGUUGACGUCGUGAUGUCAACUUGAUUUUACAUAGAAAAAAAAUAGCAUUUUUUUUGUUGAUUUAAAUGAGAAUUAUAUCUAAGAAAUAUGCAUGCUUUUAAUAAGAGUACUGAUAUAUAAAGUUAGAGCCAACAUGAUUCACUCGCAUCUGUUGACACAACACACUGGCUUAUGAGUAGACGUUACCUUAAGACACUCUAUCAAGGAGUCAGACGAAAAAACCUGGACUGAAUCUGAACCUUUUUUCGAGGGGCGGGAGUAGCGAUGCUGAUCAUGGGUUGGUGUUUUAUGGGUUGACAUCAUCCAUUUUCAGAGGAUUUAUCAUGUAAAUACAAGAAGAACUGCUGUUUUUAUGCCACAAGGGGGAGCCUUCAUUUCAGAGAUACAGUAGGGAACACCAAUAACAUUAUACCUCUAUUUUCUACAGUAGCAUUUCAAAAAGGUUUUGAUAUAAUAGAAGAACUCAACUUAGAUACUGGUAUUAGAAAAUUGAACUCAGCUGUAAGUUUUAUUUUGUUUCAGGAUUUUAACUUAUUCAGAUAAUAAUUGUAAAAAAAAACUAUGGUAUAAGAAUGCUAACAUGGAGCUCUGUUCUGUUUUAACUAUGGAUUAUAGUCUGUAUUAUCAAUUCAGGUUAAGAAACUAGUGUUGCUUUUCAUCCUAUUUUACAGGCAUUACUUCCUUUUAUACUCUGCUAAAAUGCAAAAAAACAA